GAGCCUUUAAUCUCAAACUGCAUCACGUUGUCGUAGUAAAAAAAAAAAGUCAGUAGAGGAGACGCUCCAUGAGUAAAUAAUGAGUCAUAUACAUUUCAAAGAUGGAGAUUUUCCUCCAGGAUGCAGUUACAGUUCAGCUCAACAAAAGCAAUCAGAUUCACCAGGACCCAGCUGUGUGUCCAUGAAGAGUGACUGGUCUAUGGCUCAUCCACCCGAAUUUAACGGUGGAGAUACAGUGCCAAAACUCAGUUCAAUCCAGCAGGAAAGAUCAGAUUCAGCAGAGCCCAGUUGUGUGUCAAUGAAGAGUGAUUGGUCUAUGGCUCAUCCACCAGAAAUGAAGGACAGAGACAGAGAGCAGAGUCUCAGUUCAAUCCAGCAGGAAAGAUCAGAUUCAGCAGAGCCCAGUUGUGUGUCAGUGAAGAGUGACUGGUCUAUGGCUCAUCCACCAGAAAUGAAGGACGGAGACAGAGGGCAGAGUCUCAGGCGAAUCCUACAACCCAGACCAGCUGUAACAGAACCAGUUUGUAAGAAAAUUAAACAUGAUGAGUCUGUGAAUCAACCUCAAGACUUUAAUGAAAGCUUGUGUCCUGGCAUCAGCCAUGAAGUCCUCAACAUGUUUAAAUCUAAUCUGCAGAAAAAGUUUGAGUGUCUGUAUGAGGGAAUAGCAGGGCAGGGAAACUCAACAUUCCUGAAUGAGAUUUACACAGAGCUCUACAUCACAGAGAGUGAGAGUGGAGAGAUCAGUAAUGAGCAUGAGGUGAGACAGAUUGAGACACAAUCCAGGAGAGCAGCAACAGAGGACAAACCGAUCAAAUGCAGUGACAUCUUUAGACCUUUACCUGAACAAGACAAACCCAUCAGAACUGUGCUGACAAAGGGAGUCGCUGGCAUUGGAAAAACAGUAUCUGUGCAGAAGUUCAUCCUGGACUGGGCUGAAGGGAAAGAGAAUCAGGAUGUCCUACUCAUAUUUCCAUUUCCUUUCAGAGAGAUCAAUCUGAUGAAGGACAAAACACUCAGUCUUUCAGAUCUUCUUCAUGUCUUUUUCCCUGAAACAAAAGAAAUAGACCUAUGUAGUGAUAAAUACAAAAUGUUGUUCAUCUUUGAUGGUCUGGACGAGUAUCGUCUUCCUUUAAACUUUCACAGCAGUAAGACUCUUCAAGAUAUGACCAAAGAGACAUCAGUGGACGUGCUGCUAAUGAACCUCCUUGUGGGGAAUCUGCUUCCCUCUGCUCUCAUCUGGAUCACCUCCAGACCAGCAGCAGCUGAUCUCAUCCCCUCUGAGUGUGUCCAUCGAGUGACAGAGAUACGAGGCUUCAAUGAUCCACAGAAGGAGGAAUACUUCAGGAAGAGAAUCAGUGAUCAGAGUCUGGCCAACAGAAUCAUCUCACACCUGAAGUCAUCAAGGAGCCUCUACAUCAUGUGCCACAUCCCAGUGUUCUGCUGGAUCUCAGCCACUGUUCUAGAGAAGAUGUUGAGUCAAGCAGAGAGUGGAGAGAUUCCCAAGACUCUCACUCAAAUGUACACACACUUCCUGAUCCUUCAGAUCAACAUCAAACAUGAGAAGGACUAUGAGAAGAACGUGACAGAUGAAGACAUGAUCCUCAAACUGGGGAAACUGGCUUUUGAGCAGCUUGUAAAGGGCAACCUGAUCUUCUAUGAGGAAGACCUGAGAGAGUGUGGCAUUGAUGUGACAGAAGCAUCAGUGUACUCAGGAUUGUGCACUCAGAUCUUCAGAGAGGAGUUUGGCUUGCAUCAAGGGAAAGUCUACUGCUUUGUUCAUCUGAGCAUUCAGGAACAUCUAGCGGCUCUAUAUGUGCAUCUCUCCUGUACAAACAAAGACAUAAAUGCAUUUAAACUAAUUUUGUCUAAGAAGAAAUGGAAAUAUCUGUAUUGUAAAGCUAACCUGAACUUCUCUAAAUAUUUUGUAAGUUCAUUAUCUGAACUGCAUCAGAUAGCUGUGGAUAAGGCUCUACAGAGUGAAAAUGGACAUCUGGACCUUUUCCUUCGUUUUCUCUUGGGUCUGUCAGUGGAGUCUCAUCAGACUCUCUUACAGAAUCUAAAGAUACAGACAAAACCCAUCCACCACAGGUUCCAUAAGGAAACUGUUCAAUACAUCAGUAAGAUCAUCAAGUGGAGUCGCUCUAUAGAGAAAUCCAUUAAUCUUUUUCACUGUUUAAACGAACUGGGUGACCAUUCUCUCAUGGAGGAAAUCCACCAUUACCUUAAAUCUGGUAAAAUAAAAGAAAUUGAGCUCUCCCUUUGUCAGCAGUCAGCUCUGGUUUUUGUGUUGCUGACCUCGGAGCAGGAAGUGGAUGUGUUUUGUCAAAGCAAAUAUACAGGACCACACAUGACUUCAGAUGAAGUUUUUCAGAUGCUGCUACCUGUGAUUAAAGCAUCAAGAUCAGCUCAGCUUGAUGACUUUAAUUUAACAGACGUAAGCUUCACUCAUCUGGCUUCAGUGCUCAGCUCAACCUAUUCGUGUCUGAGAGAUCUAGACCUGUCUGGGAAUUACCUGGGAGAUUAUGGAGUAGAGCUGUUUUGUGAUGGACUAAAGAAUCCACACUGUCUACUGGAGAAACUAGAGUUGAUGUGUUGUGGUGUCACGGUUAAGGGUUGUCCUGCUCUGGCUUCAGCUCUGAAAUCAAACCCCUCACACCUGAGAGAACUCAAUCUGGAGUGGAAUAAACUUGGAAAAGGCAUCAAGCUGCUCACUGAUCUUCAGAAGAAUCCACACUAUAAACUUGAGACACUGAGGUUCAAUGAUAUGUACAUCACAGCUGAAGGUUGUGCUGGUCUAGCUUCAGCUCUGAGAUUGAACUCCUCACACUUGAAUCUUUGUGAGUGUAAUCUGGGGGAAUCGGGCAUGAAGCUUCUAUCUGCUGUACUAGAAAACCCUCACUGUAAAGUGAAAACACUGGAACUGAGAUAUUGUGGAAUCACGGCUGAAGGUUGCGCUGCUCUGGCCUCAGCUCUGAGAUCAAACCCCUUACAUCUGAGAGAACUGGAUCUGGCAUGGAAUUAUCUGAAAGAUUCUGGUGUGAAGCUGCUCUCUGCUGGACUGGAGAAUCCUCUCUGUAAACUGCAGAUAUUGAAGUUGGAGCGCUGUGCUAUCACAGUUGAAGGUUGUGCUGCUCUGGCUUUUGCUCUGAAAUCAAACCCACACCUAAGACAACUGGAUCUGACAUGGAAUCAUCUAGGUGAUUCUGGUGUGACUCUGCUCUCUGCUGGACUGGAGAAUUCUUACUGUAAACUGGAGAUACUGAGGUUGAGUUAUUGUGGUGUCACAGAUGAAGGUUGUGCUGCUUUGGCUUCAGCUCUGAGAUCAAACCCACACCUAAGACAACUGGAUCUGACAUGGAAUCAUCUAGGGGAUUCUGGUGUGACUCUGCUCUCUGCUGGACUGGAGAAUUCUUACUGUAAACUGGAGAUACUGAGGCUGAGUUAUUGUGGUGUCACAGGUGAAGGUUGUGCUGCUUUGGCUUCAGCUCUGAGAUCAAACCCUAAACACCUGAGAGAACUGGAUCUGACUGGGAACAAACUAGGAGUGCAACUGCUUUCUGAUUUAAGGAAUGACCCAUGUUAUAAGUUAGGGCUGCAAAAGUAGGUGCAAUAUCCAGUACAAAUGCAUAUCCAAAUCUCCAGGAGAAAAUGAAGCCAAAAUGUGUCUGAAAAAAAUGUAAUUGAAAAACAAAGGAAUAGUAUUCAACGGUAUAUAGCAAUUAAAUUCAAAAUAGUUUAGUCUAGAUAUGCAAGCAUUCUCAGUGGUAGAGAGAACACGGAUUUGAAUGAUCUGCUCAAUGUGCUUGAACCACACUGAAACAUUAGUAGUGCAUUAAUAGAGCUGCAUUAUUAAUCUCUUAGAUUUAAAUCAAUUAUUAUGAUGCAGCCCUAUUUUAAAUGAUUUUUUAUACAAUGUGCAGAUAAAAUUCUCUGUAGUAGUGCAUAGUCCAAUGAUAUUGUAAUAUUGUAAGACUCACUGUGUUUCUGUUCUCUCACUGUAUGGAAAUUGUAUCUAACCAUUACCACAAAACUGAGGUAUGUACCAGUGUAUGAAUCUAAUCAUUUUCAUGUCAUAUUUGUGUAACCUUCUCCCUGGUUCCUUCUCGCACCCUGCUCCGAGCAGGUCUCGAACCCGGUCUCCGGCAUGGGGGGUGGGCGCACUAACAAGGAGGCUAAAGACUGCAGCCAUUAGUGUCAGUCGCUAGUGCGCCUCUUGAGAUCAGGGGAGUGAGGUUUACCUGCACAGCACCUACCCGCUGGCCUCGGUUACAUUUGCACGUUGUUAUAAAUAUGCACAUAGGUGUAAAUGAAAA